GGAAAAAGAAGCCAUCAUUCCAUUUUUGCAAUCUUUUUCUCUCAUCCCUUCCCUUUUCCUCUAUUUCUGCACAGGAAACUUAAGGCUACAGAUAUGGAGGAGAAGAUCAUUCAACAAAAAAAUCACCAACAAGGUUCUAGUUCAUAUGGUGGAAAGAAAGCAAGCAAGAAAAAGCCUCACAACUCUGCUCUCCGCUUCCGCACCAACUCCAAUCUGGCGAUGAAAGCUUCUAAGGCCCGUGGAAGAAAUAUAGGGAUAUUGAGGCCCAUGGUCAAGACUCUGGUGGAAAUGAUGGAAGCCAAAACUGUGGAGGUGCGCUGCGAUGGAGAGUUGACUAAGGAAAUUGUAGCUACUGCUGAAGACAUGAAACUCGAUCUGGAUCUGCUGAAGAUUUCAAUUUUCCAACAUUCCCAUGACAUGCUUCGUAUCUCAGGUGCAGUGGACAAGCUUGCAGAGGUUAUGCUGCUUCAGCUUGAUUAAUAAUUAGCUGAGCAAUGAAGGAUAUAAAAAGAUUUCAGAAACUGAUGCAUAACUAAUUUGCUUUCUCUUAUGUGAUGUGUCAAGUUUAAUAAGUCGUCUCGGUGGGAGGAAGCCUAGUGUGAUUGUUGGCCAAAUAAAAGACAUUAGUUUGUUUUAAAAUUAUUUAAGGAAAUGUAAUUGCGAACAAAUUAAACUUGCAAAAAUAUGAGCGGAAAGGUGUGUACAUAAAUUUUGUAUAUUAUAUUUAUAUAAAAUAUAAUUAUUUAAUUUUU